AUGGCUGGAGACGCGCAAUUGCUUGCUAUUGGAAAGCAGUGUUCCCAUUCUUCUUGCCUCCUUGUCGACUUCCUACCCUUUAAAUGCCAGCAUUGCGAAUUGCCGUACUGCCAGGAACAUUUCCUUGCGAGAGACCACCACUGUUCCAAGUAUGACGAGACGAAACACAACCGCGUGGCUCCAAAUUGUCCUCUUUGCAACGAGCCCGUAACGAUACCUCCAGGACAAGACCCCAAUGUCAAGAUGGAGUCCCAUUUUUCUGUGGAAUGCAGCGCCACGACAGGAAAAACCAAGACGAAGUCCUUACCUGUCUGCCAAAGAGUUAAGUGUGGCAAACCACUGUACUCACCUAUUCGCUGCGACAAAUGUCACAAACAAUUUUGCCCGUCUCAUCGCUUCCCAAGUGACCACGGUUGUUCUCCGACAUCGGCUAUCGGCGCGAGUCGACUUCUGAGUCUGAAUACCAACUCCAUCACUACUAAUGCCAAAUCUUUCAAUGUAAAGGCCUCUGCUGUUGGUACAACCGUUGUAGAUGCAGUGAGGAAGAGCAUACCAUCGUCAUCUUCGGAGACCUCAAGUCAGAGAGGGGCAUCGUCGGUCUCUACCCCUUCCAAACCUACAUCGUCCCUUAGCAAAGCAUUUUCGAAAACUGACCGGUAA